GUCUCUCUUUGCUGGCUGUUUGUGUUUAUUAGGAGGUCAAACAAAGCGCACAUGUGGUCGGUGGCUCCGCCUCAGCCAUGUGACAGUGUGCAGGCUGAGUCAGCCGGCUCGUCAUGCAGCGUCAGUCUGGAGUCGCACAAUUAUGAAAAAGCAACCUUCCGUUGGAGCUGCAGCCGAAGCGGAUCUCUCCAACGUCCACCGGGCUUUCCUUCCAAGGCUAACCGAGAGCACUGCCGAUAGAUGGAUAAAAGCCACGACACAGCUCUUCCUGAGUCUCAACGGUGAAGAGAAUGUCCCAGAAACCCUGGAUAGAAAGCACUUUCACCAAGAGGGAAUGUGUGUACAUACUUCCAGUGUCAAAGGACCCCCACAGAUGCCUUCCAGGAUGCCAGAUUUGCCAGCAGCUAGUCCGUUGCUGCUGUGGGCGGCUGGUGCGGCAGCAUGUUGGCUUCACAGCCAGCUUGGCCACGAAGUACUCGGACGUGAAGCUGGGUGAAAACCCCAACCUGCCCAUGCCCGAGCUGGAGGAGUGGUCGGUGGAAAAACACACAGAGGCGAGCCCCACUGACGCCUAUGGUGUCAUCAACUUCCAGGGAGGGUCUCACUCGUACAGGGCCAAGUAUGUGCGUUUGUCCCACGACUCGCGGCCGGAAAGCAUCCUGCGGCUGAUGCUGAAGGAGUGGCACAUGGAGCUUCCCAAGAUCCUCAUCUCUGUCCAUGGAGGAGUUCAGAACUUUGAGCUGCACCCACGCAUCAAGCAGGUGGUGGGCAAGGGCCUCAUCAAAGCUGCAGUCACCACAGGGGCCUGGAUUCUCACUGGAGGGGUCAACACAGGUGUGGCAAAGCAUGUGGGUGAUGCUCUCAAAGAGCACUGUUCCAGAUCAUCAAAGAAAAUUUGCACUAUUGGGAUUGCACCCUGGGGAGUCAUUGAAAACAGGAACGAUCUCAUUGGCAGAGACAUUAUCGCUCCGUAUCAGACACUACUGAACCCUCUCAGCAAACUAAAUGUUCUCAAUAAUCUGCAUUCCCAUUUCCUCCUGGUGGACGAUGGGACGGUGGGCAAGUAUGGCGCUGAGGUCCAACUGCGGCGGGACCUAGAGAAGCACAUCAACCUCCAAAGAAUACAUGCACGUAUUGGUCAGGGUGUUCCAGUCGUGGCCCUGAUAUUCGAGGGGGGUCCCAACGUGAUCCUGACAGUGCUGGAGUACCUUCAGGAGAGCCCUCCUGUCCCAGUGGUGGUGUGUGAGGGGACUGGCCGUGCUGCUGAUAUACUGGCCUACGUCCACAAGCAGACCGAGGAGGGAGGAGGACUUCCUGAUGGAGUGGAGACUGACAUCAUCGCAACCAUCAAGAAAACCUUCAACUUCAGCCAGAGUGAUGCCAUCCAUCUCUUUCAGACUCUGAUGGAGUGCAUGAAGAGCAAAGAACUGAUCACUGUGUUUCACAUCAGCUCCGAGGAGCACCAGGACAUUGACGUAGCCAUUCUGAGGGCUUUGCUCCAAGGCACAAACGCAUCUGCCUUCGAUCAGCUGGUCCUGACUCUGGCCUGGGACCGUGUAGACAUUGCCAAGAAUCAUGUGUUUGUGUACGGACAGCAGCUCCUGGUGAGCUCUCUGGAGCAAGCCAUGCUGGAUGCACUCGUGAUGGACAGGGUGGAUUUUGUCAAGUUGCUUAUAGAAAACGGUGUGAGCAUGCACCGCUUCCUGACAAUCAGUCGGCUUGAGGAGCUCUACAACACGAAACAACCUCCCAACAACCCAACUCUCCUCCACCUGGUUAGGGAUGUUAAACAGAGUCAUCUGCCUCCAAACUAUAAAAUCAGUUUGAUUGAUGUGGGCCUGGUUAUUGAGUACCUGAUGGGCGGGACUUACAGGUGCAACUACACCAGGAAACGCUUCCGAAUCAUUUACAACAAUCUCCAUGGCAACAACAGGAGAUCAGGGCGCCACACAGCAGGCCCUGGUUCUCAUUUGAGGAAAAGUCAUGAGUCAUUCAGCAUGCAGGCUGACAAGAAGGAGAAGACGAGGCACAACCACUUCAUCAAGACUGCGCAGCCGUACAAACCCAAGCUUGAGUCUACCACGGAGCAAAACAAAAAGAGGAGCAAAGAGGAGAUUGUGGACAUAGACGAUCCAGAGACACGGCGCUUUCCCUACCCUUUCAACGAGCUCCUAGUGUGGGCUGUUCUGAUGAAGAGGCAGAAAAUGUCGCUGUUCUUCUGGCAGCAUGGCGAGGAGAAUAUGGCGAAGGCACUGGUGGCCUGUAAACUCUGUCGGUCGAUGGGCUACGAGGCCAAGAAGAGCGACGUGGUGGACGACACGUCAGAGGAGCUCAAGGAAUACUCAAACGAGUUUGGGCAGCUGGCAGUGGACCUGCUGGAGCAGUCGUUCAGGCAGGAUGAGACCAUGGCCAUGAAGCUGCUGACCUACGAACUGAAGAACUGGAGCAAUUCCACCUGUUUGAAGUUGGCCGUCUCCUCCCACCUGCGGCCCUUUGUGGCUCAUACCUGCACCCAGAUGUUGCUGUCAGACAUGUGGAUGGGACGGCUGAACAUGCGCAAGAACUCCUGGUACAAGGUGAUUCUGAGUAUCUUGGUGCCUCCUGCCAUCCUACUGUUGGAGUACAAAUCCAAGGCUGAGAUGGCUCACAUCCCUCAGAGUCAGGAUGACCACCAGAUGACCAUGGAGGACAGUGAACACAACUUUCAGAACAUAGCUGAAGACAUCCAAAUGGAUGUGUUCAAGGAGGCCAGAUCCCACGACCAUGUGGAGGCGAAAAAUGACAUGGAGACGCAUGUUCGCUCCAGGAAGCUGCCCUUAACCAGGAAGAUUUAUGCCUUCUACCACGCUCCUAUUGUCAAGUUCUGGUCCAACACGCUCUUCUACCUGGGCUUCUUGAUGUUUUACUCAUAUGUGGUCCUGGUGAAAAUGCCAGAAUGGCCCUCUCCUCAGGAAUGGGUGGUCAUUCUCUACAUCUUCACCUCUGCCAUUGAGAAAAUUCGAGAGAUGUUCAUGUCUGAAGCAGGCAAAAUAAGCCAGAAGAUAAAGGUGUGGUUCAGUGACUAUUUUAAUGUGUCAGACUUUCUGGCCAUUGUGAUCUUCUUUAUUGGCUUUGGCCUGAGGUUGGGCGGAGGUGAAGCCUUCGUCCCUGGGAGGACAGUUUACUGUCUCAAUAUCAUCUUCUGGUAUGUGCGACUCCUGGAUAUUCUGGCUGUCAACCAGCAAGCUGGACCGUACGUCAUGAUGAUUGCUAAAAUGGUGGCCAACAUGUUUUAUAUUGUGGUGAUAAUGGCUAUAGUCCUGCUCAGCUAUGGCGUACCCAGGAAAGCCAUUCUGUACCCACACGAGGAGCCCAGCUGGACGCUGGCCAAAGAUGUGGUCUUUCAACCGUACUGGAUGAUGUAUGGGGAAGUGUAUGCCUAUGAAAUCGAUGUGUGUGCCAAUAACAGUGAACAAUCUGUAAGGUCCCUGUGUACAGCAGGAGUGUGGCUGACUCCUCUUCUACAAGCAGUCUACCUCUUUGUACAGUAUAUACUAAUGGUCAACCUCCUCAUCGCCUUUUUCAAUAAUGUCUAUAUACAAGUCAAGUCCAUUUCUAAUCUGGUGUGGAAGUACCAGCGCUACCACUUCAUUAUGGCCUACCAUGAGAAGCCUGUCCUCCCACCUCCCUUCAUCCUCCUGUGCCAUAUCUACUCCCUCUUCUGUAUGUGUAGAAAGAGGAAGAAGGAGAACACCUACGGACCAAAGCUGUUUCUUACUGAGGAAGACCAAAAGAAGCUUCAUGAUUUUGAGGAGCAGUGUGUGGAGACGUAUUUUCAUGAAAAGGAUGAUCAGUUUCACUCGGGGAGUGAGGAGCGCAUACGCCUUACCUCAGAAAGAGUUGAGACCAUGUGUUUGCAGUUGAGGGAGGUCGGGAACAAGGUCAACUUUAUAAAACGCUCCUUGCACACACUGGACUCCCAAAUCGGCCACCUGCAGGACCUGUCAGCUCUGACUGUGGACACUCUGAAGACCCUCACUGCCCAGAGGGCAUCUGAGGCCAGCAAGGUCCACAAUCAGAUCACCCGGGAGCUUAGCCUGUCCAAGAAUGUGGUCCCCAGCAUCGCCCCUGUGGCUCCAGACACCGGCCCCCACUCCAAAUCGUCCGCGAUAGGCAAACGCAGUGUGGGACCCUACUUUGGCUCCUCUUUCCCCCAGGCAGGAAUCGACAUAGCAGAUUCUCUUUUUGGGACUGGUGUCGGGGGAGGGGCUGGGAAAGAGACAGAAAGCAUACGGAGAGUUGGGCUCAGCCAUGGAGUAGGACCGGGGCUGGACCCCAACCUGAACCCAGCAUUGAGUCCAGAGAGGAGGGAGCUGUUUGGGCUCGGGCACUUUCCUGCAGAGGCUGGCUCCUCAGGCAGUGCCGGCUCCAGUGCCUGUGUCCAAAGUGCUGUGGCCAUUUCCCCUCCGGAGCUGCGUCUCCGAGGCCACUCUCUCACCCAGAGUAAGCUGACCCGUCCACAAGAGCCGGGCCUUUCCGACUCCCCAUCCAGCCUGCCCAACGUACCCUCCCUCGGGGCUCAGUUCCACAUCAGCAGCACCCCUUCCCAGCCAAGUGGCUCCAGCCACCCGGAGCUCGCUCUGGCUGGGCCUUACCAGCAGCCCCUCCAGCCAGACAGCACCACUGUAGAGUUUGGUGCAUUUGUGGGACAUAAAGACAGUAUGGAUCUCCAGCACUCCACACCCAAAGAGGCCUCCACCUCUGGCAGACAGCAAAGCCCAGCCACACAGACCAGAUCUCAGGCUCAACCUGAAGGUCAUGGUCAUAUCAGAGCUGUCAACUCAUACGCUGGCUUCACAGAAUUUGACAGAAACCCGGCUUUCCUCCAUCCAGACUCCACUCUAACGAAGAAGGACAGAAGCAGAGUGUCAGCUGAAGACAUCCUCAUCCAUGAGGACCCCAGGUCUGCAGUACUGGAAAGAAUUCAGGUCAAAUCAGCCCAGGCCAGCAGCCUACGAGCCCCUGGUGAAGACACACUAAGUGCUGCAGUUUCUCUCUACGCACCACGACACACCCACCUGGGAGCCAGAAAGGACUCUAUUGGCUCACCUUUCAAGCCCAUGGAAAGCUACCAGUACUCAGCUGUUGAGCGCAACAACUUGAUGAGGCUGUCUCAGAGCAUCCCUUUCACUCCUGUGCCCCCUAGAGGGGAGCCGGUGACUGUGUACCGCCUGGAGGAGAGCUCUCCCAACACGAUCAACAACAGCAUGUCUUCCUGGGCCCAGCGGGGCCUCUGUGCCAAAAUAGAGUUCCUCAGCAAGGAGGAGAUGGGCGGAGGACUCAGGAGGGCCCUCAAGGUGCUCUGCACUUGGUCAGAAUAUGACAUCCUGAAACCGGGACACUUGUAUAUAGUCAAGUCUUUCCUUCCCGAGGUGGUCCAAACCUGGCAGAGCAUCUACAAGGAAGACACUGUGCUGCACCUUUGUCUCAGGGAAAUUCAACAACAACGAGCUGCUCAGAAGUUGACAUUUGCCUUCAACCAAGUCAGGCCGAAGACAAUUCCUUAUUCACCGAGGUUUCUGGAGGUGUUUCUGCUCUACUGUCACUCUGCUGGACAGUGGUUUGCCAUAGAGGAGUGCAUCACCGGGGAGUUCAGGAAGUUCAACAACAACAAUGGUGACGAGAUCGUCCCCACCAACCUCCUGGAGGAGACCAUGCUGGCCUUCAGCCACUGGACCUAUGAGUAUACCCGCGGAGAGCUGCUGGUGCUUGACCUGCAGGGUGUUGGGGAGAUUCUGACAGAUCCAUCUGUCAUAAAGAGCGGUGAGAAGGGAUCUUAUGAUAUGAUAUUUGGACCGGCCAACCUGGGGGACGAUGCCAUUAGGAACUUCCGUGCAAAACACCACUGCAACUCCUGCUGCCGGAAACUCAAACUUCCCGAUCUGAAGAGGAACGACUACACACCAGAUAAGGUGACGUUCCCACAAGAAGACCCUCCUAACCCGGGGGGCGGGGUCAAGGAGUCCCGGCAAUCAAUGAGGCUGAUGCUGUGAUGGAUUCAACUUGAGAGAGAGGGAGAGCGCGAAUGAUCACGAGGUGACACUGUUCUGAUUUUAAUUUUAGUCAAAGCCAAGGAGCAGAAAGGUGCACCCAAUCAACUGGAAGAAACACACCUGGGUUUCCGUGGAAACAAGUGCAUGCAAAAUUGUGUCAUGUUUUUCGUUGUUCCCACCAAAAAGCUGUGUCACACACACAAUUCAAGCAUCUUAACCUUUUUGGGUUUUUUUAGCACAUACAUGGGGGGAAAGGUUUUAAACAUAUUUUGUACACAUUUAUGAAAAAAAAUUAUAUGAACUGGAUAUAUCAACAGGUACACAAUAUCAUUGCAGAGGGUUUAUUAUUUAUUAUGAGGUUUGAGAAGUUGCCUUGUUUUAACGAAAAAGAAGAGAAAAAAGAACAAAUCUAAGUGCAUUGUAUAUCUGUUACAGCAGCUUCAGAGAGGACAGCCUGCUGAGAUUCAGUCACUGCAAUGCUGCAGUUUGCCACCAGAUCAUUUUUAUAAAUGUAUAAAGACUUGUAUCACAACUUUGUGUCUCUUAGUUAUGAAAAUAUACAUGAAUUUGAGAAUCUUGUAAAAUAUGGGCAGAUUGCAAUGCAACUUUUACAGAACAAUGUAUGUAAUUUUAUUGUAUUGAAAGUGUGUCCACCAAAAUAUUGCUGAUAGUUUUUAUUGUUACAAAGGUACUAUUGCUAUAUCUUUGUCAUCAAAUAUUGUAUGAGCAAUCUGGUGUAUCUUAUAGAUACUGUUAUCUGGCAUGAAGCUGAACAGAUUAAAAUAUUUUAUUCAGGGGAACUGACAAACGUAAGGGUAUUACUGUAUACAUUUUGUACUGGAUAUCAUUUUAAACAAAUAAAAUGUUAAAAAGCUUCAGCAGCAUCACUCAAGCCUUAAACCAAUCACCGUGUGUCACCGAUAUGUGGCCUAAAAUGAGACUCGGAUGAAAUGACAGUGGCUCUGAGCCACUGUUUAUGAGCAGUGGCUAUUUGAAAAAUGUUAUUCGUUUAGAGCUAGAACAAGUAAUAUAUUCGUUGACUGAUAUGAAAAUCAACCCGCAGCUAUUUUGAUAAUUGUUUCAUUUUUUUAAAGCAAAGACACAAAAUGUACUGGUUCCCAAAUGUGAAGGUUUUUCUGUUUUUCUUUGUCUUAUAUGAUGGUAAACUGAAAAUCUCUGUUGGUUAAAUUAUUUAAUUUAAUAAGCAAACAGUGGGUCUGUUGUUUGAACAGAGGCCUCAGAUUCCUCAGUUGGACAGUAGCUGUUCCUAUUUGAAUCCACACACAAUAACCUCGUUCAUCUGUAUCUGACCAAACUGCUCACCUGUCCACCUGUGUGAUAAGGUGACACCUGAGCAUAGAACACUGUGCUGGUUUUCUCACUAAAAGGAGAAAUGUAGCAGGCGGUGUGACUUAAAGGUCAUCAAAAGGGGUGCAGUGGAGUCUAAAUCUCCACUUUUUGGGGAUAGAAUAAGAGUUUACCCUGAGCUCCUGUGCUCUGCUGUACCACUGUCUAUUUGUGUGAUUGUUGUGGACGGUUGAAUUUUGCAUUUGUUCAGUCACUCGUUCCUUCUUGGCUUCAAGUCAAAUACCAGGAAAACAUCAGCAGAGAAAUAAACUCAAAUAAACUCUUAUUUAAACUCAAACAACAUUGCUGAUCAUGUAGUCAGUUCCAAGUAAUUUGUGUAGGAUGAACUAGUCAGACUGACCUCCCACUGGGUGUGGUUUAUAAAAUAGAGAAGUAUCAUGAUUCUGCAUUUUCUGCAGCUCACAUCUGGACUGAAACUUAACAGCUCUAUUACAGACUUAAGCAAAUCAGCCACAAACCAUGGCCAAAGUGACUAUUGAAUACUGUAAAGACUGAAGUUACGCGUUCCGCUACCAGGAACUAGCCGGUACCUUGAGGCAGGUUCCUAAUGUGCAGGUGACGGGGGUCAAAGGGAGAACUGACAGCUUUGAGGUGACAGUGAAUGGUACGCUGAUCCACUCCAAGCUGGAUACAGGAUCGUUUCCAGAAACUGAACAGGUGACAAAAAAGGUGAAGGAGAUGGUCAAAGAAGGAAAAGCAGAGAAAACAGGGAAAACUUCGAAUUGGAAGAAUUGGAGAAACAGAUGCACUCAUCAUUAGAGGAUGGAGGAUAAAAUAACAGCUGUAUUCACACUGCAAAAUUACUAUAUGGUUUGUUUUCUGUGGCUAAAAACUGUACAUUUUUGACAGUUUCACUGUCAGCCAAGAAGACCAGAUCAUAUAUUGUCUUCACUGUGAAUACAGACAAAGACGACAAGAUGAUGAGAAUAACUCUGAGGAGCCAGGCACUGAUCUGCACUUCUGUUUAUGAAUGUAUGCACUUAAAGAUGUACAGUGUGUACAUGAUGUUUAGAGGCUUUUCAGCCAACUGGAGCCUGAGGAACUGCUCUCAUCAUGUCUGUCUGGUAUAUAUACUCAUAAAGAAAACAUCUCUUAAGCUGCAUUUAUUUUGGAAUGGAAAAAUUUAAAUGUAAUUCUUUAUCAGACCAUGUAUAUAUUUCAUAUUAAGUCAAAAAGUCUCAUGUCUGUGCUGUGAUUGGGCAGGAAUUUAAUAAUAUAGUUUGACAUAAUUGGAAAUAUGUCAUUUGAUUUCUUGCUAAGAGAUGAGAAGAUUGAUAUCUAUCGUAUCUGUAUAGUGAAUAUACCAGUGAAAAAUGGAGUCUCCCCUACUGGUCCAGGCCAAUAAAUAGUCCAACACAUAACCCCCCUCUAAAUUGUUAAUUUUCAUUUUUCGGUUUUUGCACAAAUUAAACAAAUGGGAUAUAAACUGUUAAUUAGCUCAGACAAAGUCAGGAUAGCUGUUUCCCCUUGUUACCAGUCUUCAUGCUAAGCUAAGCUAACCAGCUGCCACAUGUAGUUUCAUAUUCACUGUAUAGAUGUGAGAGUGCUAUCAAUCUUAUCAACUAGAUAACUUGGCGAGAAAGCAAAUAAGACUAUUUCCUUAAAACUUUUAAUCUUUGUGAAGUUGCAGGAAACAGGUAUUCAACGUGAAACAUAUAUUUGAACUUUGCAUACUGUUGCUAGCCAAUUCCAACAAAAAGCCAAAACAUUUUACAGAAAUGCAAUAAAAUAUGAGGGAUUAACUGCUGAUUCAUGCUUUUUUAAUAUUACUCUGUCGUUCUUGUAAAGAAUACUGUACAGGCAAGUCUUUAGUCAAAUUUUUCUUUGUGUGGUAACAAGCACUGACAGUACUGGCGAUGAAUCUGAGAGACUGAUACGAUCACCUACCUCACCAGAGAUCAAAUAUAUGCAGGUAAAUCAGCUGGACUUACUGAACUGUUGCAGCUCAAAAGGCUCUCUGUCUCCACCAGAUAUAACCAAAUCAUAUCUGAAAAAUCAUGACGGGAUGGAAAUACUGUUUUUUUGUUUUAACUAUCUUAGAUAAUGUCAGGAUGUUUAAUGCACUUCAAAACAAUGUAUAUUUUAUGUGCUCAUUUUAAGUUUUUCAAUUUGAAUCUGCAAAGUGACCAUCAACUAUAGCUGUUAAAUAAUAGUAGUGGAGUAAAACUACAUUAUGUCCCUCUUAAUAAUAAUAAUAUAAAAUGUAUCUACUUAAGUAACAUACAAGCACCUCAAAAUUGUAUAGUACUUGAGUAUGUAUUCUUAAUUGCCCAUCAACUGUGAAGACUUGAUUGUACAAUCAGAAUAUUUUAAGUGAUCCUGUCUCCAAGGUCCUGUGUGAAAAAACUGAGCAGUUGCAUAUCUUCAUCAAUAAGCAGCUAAAUUAAUAAUUGAUUCAAUCAUUUUUCAAGCAAAAAUACCGAAUUUGCUGGUUUCCAAAUAUGAAGAAUUUUAUGUUUUUCUUUGCCUUACAUGAUAGUAAACUGAAUAUCAAUAUAGAAAUUUUCACUAUUUUCUGAUGUUUUUAGAGAAAAACUAUAAAGAAUAGGCAAGGUAUUCCAGACAUCCCUCUCCCCAGCAACGUUUUCCAGCUCUUCCUGGGGAAUCCUGAGGUGUUCUCAGGCCAGACGAGUUAUACAAUCCCUCUAGUGAGUUCUGGGUCUACGUCAGGGUGCCCAGUGUUGUUGUUUUGGUCACUACCUAAAGCUCAUGAUCAUAGGUGAGGGUUGGAAUGCAGACUGGUAAAUCAAAAGCUUUGCCCUGUGAUUCAGCUCCCUCUUCACCAUAAUGGUCCGGUACAACAUCCUCAUUACCACUGAUCUCACACAAAUCUGCCUGUCAAUCUCCUGCCCCAUCCCACCCUCACUUGUGAACGAGACCCCUGAGGUACUUAAACUACUUCAGAGGGAGCAACCCACUGUUUUCAGGCAGAGAAACAUGCCCUCAAAUUUGGAGGUGCUGAAAUUCAUCCGGACUAUUUCACACUCGCCUGCAAACCGUUGCAGUGUGUACUGAAGGUCAUGGUCUGAUUAAGUCAACAGAACUUCAUCUUUCAAAAGCAGAGAUGCAAUUCUGAGGACCCCAAACUUGGCAGAAUCCAACCCCCACUGAAAACAUGUUAGACUUCGUACCAAGAAUAUGGACGCAGCUCUCAGUAUGGUUAUUCAAAGACCAGAUAUCUGUAGCAAUGGCUCACGAGCCCCAUAUUCCCACAGUACCCUCUACAGGGUCCCCCUUCUCCAAGUCCACAAAACACAUGUGGACUGGAUGGUCAAACUACCACGACCCCUUCAGCACUCCUGCAAGGAUAAAGAGCUGGUUCACUGUUCCAUGGCCAUGAUGGACUCCACAGUGAAUCCAAGGUUUGACAAAUGGUCAGAGCCUCCUGGAGUAAACUUUCUCAGGGAGGCUGAGUAGCGUGAUACCCCAGUAAUUGGAGCAAACCCUCUGGUCCAUGUUUUUGAAAAUGGGAACCCCCACCUGGUCUACCAUUCCACUGGUAUUGUCCUUGACCUCCACAUGACAUUGAAGAGACCGGUCAACCAAGAAACCCUAAAAUGUCCAGAACCAUCAGCGUCUCAGGGCAGAUUUCAUCCACAUCCGGCCCCUUGUUGUUGGGAAGCUUCUUGACUACCCCAGUUACCUCUGCCAAGGAUAUGAGUGAGGCUUUCCCCAAGUCAUCCGACUCUGCCUCCUUCAUGGAGGAGAUAUUGGUUGGAUUUAGGAACUCCUCAAAGUGCACUUUUCUCUGCUCAACAAUAUCCCCAGUCCAGGUCAGCAGUUCCCUGCACAGCCUGGGCCAGCCCCUGCUUUCCCUGUCUGAGUCAUUGAACAAUUUGUCAGAACUUCCUUGGGGCCAGCCAAAAGUCCUUUUCCAUAGCCUCCCUAAACUCCUCCCACACCUGGGUUUUUUGCAUCUGCAACCGCCAAAGCUGCAACCCUUCUGGCCUCCUGGUACCUGUACACUGCUUAAGAAGAGCCCCCAGUUUAACCAAGCGUGAAAGGCUUCCUGAGUCUGACGGCUUCCCUAAGAACCCGCUGGUAUCAGCGACCUUCUAACGACAGGUCCUACCUGCCACUUCUGCAACGGAGGCUUUGAACAUUGCCCACUCAGACUCCAUAUCCCCAACCUUCCUCAGGGUGCACAAGAAAUUUUUCUUGGGGUGGGAGUUGAAGACCCCCCAGACAGGGGCCUGUACCAGAUGUUCCCAGUUCAUCCUCACUACACAUUUGGCAGCCUUUCUUGCCAUCUGAUCCAACUCACCUGCAGGUGGUGAUCAGUUGACAGCUUUGCCCCUCUCUUUGCCGAGUGCCAAGAUAUACAGCCACAGAUCUGAUGACACAACCACAAAGUCAAUGAUCAUUCUUUGGUCUAUGGCGUUUUAGUGCCAGGUACAAUUAUGAACCACCUUAUGUUUGAACAUGGUGUUUCUUAUGGCUAGUGUGUAACAAAGACAAAAGACAAAACAAUUAUUCCAUUACAUCAAGAAAUGAAUCCUUAUUUACAACCCCUUGUAGAAAAGGUGAUACUCUUAAAAUUCUGUGAGGUGAGGUACACAGUGAGGUGUGUACAUACCAGACAUUGUUUUCAUGCUGAAACUUUAAGUGCAGAUAAAGGGCCGGUAAAUUAUUUAAUUUAAUAAGCAAACAGUGGGUCUGUUGUUUGAACAGAGGCCUCAGAUUCCUCAGUUGGACAGUAGCUGUUCCUAUUUGAAUCCACACACAAUAACCUCGUUCAUCUGUAUCUGACCAAACUGCUCACCUGUCCACCUGUGUGAUAAGGUGACGCCUGAGCGUAGAACACUGUGCUGGUUUUCUCACUAAAAGGAGAAAUGUAGCAGGCGGUGUGACUUAAAGGUCAUCAAAAGGGGUGCAGUGGAGUCUAAAUCUCCACUUUUUGGGGAUAGAAUAAGAGUUUACCCUGAGCUCCUGUGCUCUGCUGUACCAUUGUCUAUUUGUGUGAUUGUUGUGGACGGUUGAAUUUUGCAUUUGUUCAGUCACUUGUUCCUUCUUGGCUUCAAGUCAAAUACCAGGAAAACAUCAGCAGAGAAAUAAACAACUUUUAAACUCAAACAACACUGCUGAGCACGUAGUCAGUUCCAAUGAAUUUAUGCAGGAUGAACUGGAUAGACUGGCUGACCUUUUCAUGGGGUGUGGCUUAUAAAAUAAAGAAAGUGUAAUCAUGACUCUGCAUUCUACACCGCUCAGCUUCAGACUGAAUUUUUGCAGCUCUGUUAUAGGCCUGUACAAAUCAGCCACAAAAUCAUGUCCGUGGUGACCGUUGAAUUUUGCAACAGCUGAAGUUACUCGUUCCGCUUCCAGGAACUAGCCCGUAACAUCAGGCAGGUUCCCGGUGUGCAGGUGAACGCAGUCAGAGGGAGACCAAACAGCUUUGAGGUGACAGUGAAUGGUAAGCUGAUCUACUCCAAGCUGAAAACGGGAGUGUUUCCUGAUCCUGAACAGGUUACAAAAAAGGUGAAGGAGAUGGCCAAAGGAGAAAAAUCAGGGGCAACUUCAAAGCCCUCAAGGAGCAAAUGGUCUCAUCAUUAGAGGGUGGAGGAUAAACAGCUGUAUUCACACUGCAAGAUUACUAUAUGGUUUGUUUUCUGUGGCUCAAAACAAAAAACCAAGUGAAGACCAAAAUGAUUCAAACAUUUAAAUAACUGAAAAUAAAUUUUUAAUUGUCGACCAUGAUCAAAAUCUUCAAGUUUCACUGUCAGCCAAGAAGACCAGAUCAUAUAUUGUCUUCACUGUGAAUACAGACAAAGACGACAAGAUGAUGAGAAUAACUCUGAGGAGCCAGGCACUGAUCUGCACUUCUGUUUAUGAAUGUAUGCACUUAAAGAUGUACAGUGUGUACAUGAUGUUUAGAGGCUUUUCAGCCAACUGGAGCCUGAGGAACUGCUCUCAUCAUGUCUGUCUGGUAUAUAUACUCAUAAAGAAAACAUCUCUUAAGCUGCAUUUAUUUUGGAAUGGAAAAAUUUAAAUGUAAUUCUUUAUCAGACCAUGUAUAUAUUUCAUAUUAAGUCAAAAAGUCCCAUGUCUGUGCUGUGAUUGGGCAGGAAUUUAAUAAUAUAGUUUGACAUAAUUGGAAAUAUGUCAUUUGAUUUCUUGCUAAGAGAUGACAAGAUUGAUACCACUCUAUUGUAUCUGUAUAGUGAAUAUAAAGCUACUGCUAACCGACAGUUAGCUUAGCUUAGCAUAAAGACCAGAAGGGGGGGGCAGCUCAAUCAAACCAACCUAAGACCACCUCUAAAGCUCACAAAUCAACAUUUUAUGUCUCAUUUGUUUAAUCCAUACAAAAACUGUUCACUGACAAUUCACAGUUUUAGUGGGGUCAUGUGUUGGACUAUUUCUUGGCCAGGACCAGUAAAAAAUGGAGUCUCUGCUACUGGUCCAGGCCAAUAAAUAGUCCAACACAUAACCUCCCUGUAAAAUUAAUUCAUGCUAAGCUAAGCUAACCAGCUGCCACAUGUAGUUUCAUAUUCACUGUAUAGAUGUGAGAGUGCUAUCAAUCUUAUCAACUAGAUAACUUGGCAAGAAAGCAAAUAAGAGUAUUUCCUCAAAACUUUUCUUUUAAUCUUUGUGAAGUUGCAGGAAACAGAUAUUCAACGUGAAACAUAUAUUUGAACUUUGCAUACUGUUGCUAGCCAAUUCCAACAAAAAGCCAAAACAUUUUACAGAAAUGCAAUAAAAUAUGAGGGAUUAA